ACCGGGCUCACGUGACUCGCUGGCUGGAGCGGGCGGCGCAUGCUGCUGCGCGGCGGCGAUGGAGCAGUGAGCGGUAAAUAGCCCCGGCGCUGCCCGCCCGCCCGCAGCCCGCAUCUUGUGUCUAUCUUCAGAAAUACCACGUGUCAAGAUAAAGUGACAAAAAUGACAGAGUUCUGGCUGAUUUCUGCUCCUGGGGAGAAAACCUGUCAACAGACAUGGGAGAAACUACAUGCUGCUACUACAAAAAAUAAUAAUCUGUCUACCAAUUCAAAGUUUAAUAUCCCUGACUUAAAGGUUGGCACACUGGAUGUGUUAGUUGGUUUGUCAGAUGAGCUGGCUAAAUUGGAUGCAUUUGUGGAGGGUGUAGUCAAGAAGGUGGCACAAUAUAUGGCUGAUGUUUUGGAAGACAGUAAAGAUAAAGUUCAGGAAAAUCUCUUGGCUAAUGGAGUUGACUUGGUCACCUAUAUAACAAGGUUCCAGUGGGAUAUGGCCAAGUAUCCAAUCAAGCAGUCCCUGAAGAAUAUUUCAGAAAUUAUUGCAAAGGGAGUAACCCAAAUUGACAAUGACCUGAAAGCAAGAGCUUCAGCGUACAAUAAUCUGAAAGGCAACCUUCAGAACUUGGAAAGAAAGAAUGCAGGAAGCUUACUAACUAGAAGUCUAGCUGACAUUGUGAAGAAAGAGGACUUUGUACUUGAUUCAGAAUACUUGAUCACAUUGUUAGUGGUUGUACCCAAGUUAAAUUACAGUGACUGGGUUAAGCAAUAUGAAACACUAACAGACAUGAUAGUCCCAAGAUCCAGCAAUGUUUUGUUUGAGGACCAAGAUAGCUACCUCUGCAAUGUCACUUUGUUCAAGAAGGCAAUGGAUGAAUUUAAACACAAAGCAAGGGAAAGCAAGUUUAUGGUCCGUGAUUUCCAGUAUAAUGAAGAAGAGAUGAAAGCAGACAAAGAAGAAAUGAACAGGCUGUCUACUGACAAGAAAAAACAGUUUGGGCCUCUAGUUCGGUGGCUGAAAGUGAAUUUCAGUGAAGCCUUUAUUGCAUGGAUUCAUGUGAAAGCAUUAAGAGUUUUUGUUGAAUCUGUUUUAAGGUAUGGUUUACCAGUUAACUUCCAGGCAAUGCUCCUUCAACCCAAUAAGAAAACAAUGAAGAAACUGAGAGAGGUGUUGUAUGACUUGUACAAACACCUUGAUAGCAGUGCAGCAGCAAUCAUUGAUGCAACUAUGGAUAUUCCAGGCUUAAACCUCAGUCAACAGGAAUACUACCCAUACGUGUACUACAAGAUCGAUUGCAAUUUGUUGGAAUUCAAGUAAACGGUUCCAUACCCUGACAAUUCUGUCCAUAGUGUUGGUGUAAACAGAAGUGAGACUGAAGUACAAGGAUACUUCUAACUCUCUUAAUCCUAUGCUUGCUUCAUUUUCCCUUUACUUAGAUGAAUAUUUCCUAUAGUGGUCCAUCUCUUGACAUUUUCUUUUAAAGAAAAGUGUAGGUAUUGCUUUUAAUUGAUCAGGGCUGUAAAUGUAUAUUGAGAGAAUCAGAGUAUUUAUAUAAACAGAGGCAUUUAUUUAAAGAAAAGGGUCAUUCCUCUUUCGUAUGGUGAUGUGUAUUAAUUCCAUUUACCAUUGUUCAUAAAAAGCCUUGUUUACAGAGAAAGAUAGCGUAAACACUUAUGCCAUUUUGUUCACUUGAUUUAGUAGAUACAAAAGUGUAAACAUUGUUGAAUUGUGAUGUAAAGUAUGUGAGAUUGAUAUGAUCUGUGCUUUCUGAAUGUUUUAAAUUACAAUCCAUAAGCACUGUCACCAUCCACAGGAAAAAUAAAAUACCUGUGCAAAUGU